AUGAAGAUCACCUGGGAGAGCGGCGACUGGCCUGGAGCGUGUGUUGAGCCGGCUAUUACUCACCUAGCCUGGGUAGCCCAAGCUGAUCGCCCCGGGCAUGGUUUGCUCGGGAUCGGCUCCGAUUCGGGCUCUGUCGGGAUCACGCUCACAGAUCUGCAACCGACCGAGGACGACAACGGCAGGUACAACUUCAAUUUACGUGGACAUCAUUCGGCUAUCUGCAUGGUGACAUGGAAUCGAGUACAAUCAAAGCUGGCCUCUUGCGAUUCGGCGGGUGUCAUCUACGUCUGGGUGCGGAACGAUGAUCGCUGGUCGGUCGAGCUCGUCAACGACCGUGGAGUGAAGGUGCGCGACCUCAGCUGGAGCCCCUGUGGCUCGUCUGCUCUUAUCUGCUACGAGGACAACUUCGUUCUAAUCGGCUCUUCCACGGGCCAACGCGUCUGGAGCAAUUCCUUCCCUGCAGCCAUCACUGUCACCGCAGGCGUUUGGGCUCCGGAUUCACGACAAUUAGUGUUAGGGUUCGCUUCCGGUACUAUCUCAGUGCUAUCCGAUCAAGGUGCGAAUAUCACUGAGCGAUCCUUCACCAGCGAUCCGAUAGUGAAAUUAGCCAGCUCGCCGAUCAAUCCGAAGGAUGAACGAUGGAUUCUUGCCAUUCUUACCAACGCCAACAAAAUCUUGAUGAUUAGCUCAUUCGAUCAAAUCGACCCGCUUGUCUACGAAUCCCCACAUUCUGUUAUUCAAAUGCAAUGGAAUGCUGAUGACCGUGAAGCACGUGUUGUACAUAAAGAAUUGCUGUCGCUGCCAAAGGAUAAGCCGCUUUCUGCGCUCACGUGGGCUCACGAAGGACGCGCCAUCAUUGUGGCUGCUGGAGGUCAUUUGGCGAUUGGAAAGCUAUUGCUAGGAGUUCCACCACUGUUCGACUUGGUCACGUACGAAUUAUGGCGGUAUCUUGGCUCGCAAUCGAAGAAAGUUGACUCAUUGCCGUUACCUGUGAAGGAGAAAAAUGCACUGCGAGCUCUCGAUCACCACAUAAUACGGUGUCGAAUACCCAGAGUUGACGACCUCUGCUCGUUUGUAUGUAGUGCCAGCGAAGCAAGAUGUUAUUGUACAAUAAAGCCAUUGUCUCGAGGAAGCCAUUCAUACGUUUUAUGUAUGGAACAUCUUGGGGGAUUGGUGCCACUUUUAGUCGGUCGACAAGUGAAUCGCUUUCUCCCUCAAUUCCAUAUCUCUUUGCAUCCCGCUGAUGGGCAAAUUCUCUCCACUGGUUCAUCCGCUCAAGUCGAAGACCUUUCCAUCAUUCCACGAACGUCAAAUGGACGGAAUUCUUUGUGGAGAAGAAGCAAGAGGCAAUUCCGAGCGCUUAUGUCAAGGCAUGUUCGUCCACCACGACCAGAUCUUCGGCUGGUGCAAGUCUCGUCAAACGUUUGGUGUACACGAUUUAGCAUCACUUCAAUGUCACCCAAGCACUUACCAGAAUUUCUGGGACAGGUUGUUUAUAAGACAUCGGUGCUCCAUCUUCAACCUCGUCAAAUGACAAUAGACAUGGCCGUACUAGGAGGAACGCACGAUCGGACUACUUCGUUAUUGCUGAGUUCUCGCACUACCUCAUCAUGCACCUCACCGGCAACAAGUGAAGGUGACAUAGAUGACUUAGCAGCACUGGUGUCUCAACAACGACUUCGCGACAACGAUGGUUUGACUCGCGAGGAGCGAGCAUUUUUCGAUAGAGUUGUUUCUGAAUGCACCUCCUUGCGUGCGGCGAUGGAUGCUGGAGGGCUUGGUACGUCAUACUCUCAAAGCAAUUCACAGGGGACAACAUCAAAGGACGAAUCAUCACCUGCGCGCGCUGAAUCACGACUAGAUGACUCGGAGCAGACAAUGAGCACUACAAGCACGUGGCAUGAUGAGAUCGACUCGCUAGAAUAUAUCGAUGGAGCAGACGAUCACGAUCCGCUUAUACCUGGCACAUCAUCUGCUCCUUCCGUGCCUUCUGCUUCUGCGCCAACGACAUCAGUGUCAAAAACGGGUCAGCAACGGGAGAGUGACGAUAUCAAGGCACACCUUGAUAAACUCGCUCGAAUCGCUGGCCAACUUAGCCAUCGUCAUGCCGACUUCAAUCCUAAACGAGAUAGGGCCUCCAUAAACAAAAUGCGUUCACAAAUGAAAGAAUUAUUAAGAAGGGUUAACGAAAUAGAGAAAAAGGUUGGCACUGGAGAUGUACGAGGGGAAGUUCGACAGCUGAUGCGUACGUUGGAAGAGAUGAAGAGUGCACUAGGAGAAAGUCCCGCUACUAAGUCAACUGCGGCUACGCCGAUAUUAACUAUGCAUAACAAGACGCCUUUCUGGAACGAGCACAAUCAAGUUUAUCAAUUGGACUUUGGGGGUCGUGUCACGCAGGAAUCGGCCAAGAAUUUCCAGGUAGAGAUGGACGGAAAGCAAGUGCUUCAGUUUGGGCGAAUCGAAGGUGGUGCGUACACCCUGGAUUUCAAACGGCCUUUUUCUGCAAGUCAGGCUUUUGCUGUUGCGCUGGCAAGCAUCACACAAAGACUGAAAUGAUUUUCUUUCAAAAUUAUAUUAUUGUUUCGUUAUACAUAUCAGAGUUACUGCUCUUCAGAACUUUUCAUUGUUCUCGUUAGCAAAAUUUCUUCCCCUUUCCUUUUUUAUAUGCUUGUGCCCAGCUGAACGAAUCGGUUGUGAUCGUGAUUACCUGCGACUAGCGUUCCUCUUACAGUUCAUAUGUCUGUGAUGUCACUUUUAAAGUGUAUGGUAUCGAGUCUAUCGUCAUUGCAGCACUGCCUUCCCCAUUCGAGGAAAGCAUCUCCGAUAUCUUGUAUUUCAGAGUCUAUCCACUCGACUAUUCCCUAAAAAUGUGAUCAGUUCUUCUUUUUAUCAACCUUACUUAUAUAUCUGCUUAUUCUUCUUGUUUUUGCAUUAUUUGAAUCAAAUCGAUGACUCUCCAAGGGUUUAUGAAGCAAAACAUGCUUAUACGUAAUACUUUGAAGAUUCUUUCAUACCGCACACAAUUGUGCUGCUUUUAUCCUCUUUAGGAUAAUGUCUCAAACAAUGAAACGCUCGAUUUGUAAAUAGUUAUGGAUUUUUUUCAAACAUAAAGAUGAAAAUCUCGA